UCCUAAGUUUCCUUCUUCAGUUUAGAGAGAGAGACAACAAACUCUAGAGAGAGAAACAAAUAUCAAAGAAUGAGAACUUCAAAUUCUCAUAGUGUUCUUCUCAUUUGCGCAAUCUUAGCCAUACACGUGGCCAUUUCAUCCUCCACAAAAUCUCCCGUCGAUUUCCUUCCGAUGAAAUCGGGCGGUUGCAGCGGAUCAAUCGCCGAGUGUUUAAUGUCCGGCGGAAGCGAUGAAGAUUUCGAGACGGAGUUCGCGAUGGACAGUGAGAUCAGCCGGCGCAUUUUAGCAACGAACAGGUAUAUCAGCUACGGGGCGCUGAGGAGGAACACUGUGCCGUGCUCUAGACGCGGCGCGUCGUACUAUAAUUGCCGACCGGGAGCUCAAGCUAAUCCUUACUCUCGAGGUUGCAAUCGGAUUACUCGCUGCAGAAAUUGAUUUAAAUUUAAAUUUAAAUUUUGAGUUGUAUAAUUUUUUUACCCUUCUUUUAUUAUUUUUGGGGUGUUUAUAUGGUUUAUUAUUAUUAUUAUUGUUAUAUGAUAUGAUUGUUAUGUUAA